GAAAGGAAAAGAGGGGAAGCAAAGCGCAAACGCGGCCGUCGCAGCAGCCAGCAGAGGAGCAGCCGCACACCCGACCGCAGCCGUACGCCGCAGAUCCGCCGCCGCGCUAGGGUUUUCGCGCCGAGGGGAGAGGGGAGAUGGACGUGGUGAAGGCGGCGCAGCUGUCGGGGCGGACGCUGGAGAAGGUGGUGGUGCACCCGCUGGUGCUGCUCAGCAUCGUCGACCACUACAACCGCGUCGCCCGCGACACCAGGAAGCGCGUCGUCGGCGUGCUCCUCGGCACCUCCUCCCGCGGCGUCGUCGACGUCACCAACUCCUACGCCGUGCCGUUUGAGGAGGAUGACAAGGACCCGAGGAUCUGGUUCCUCGACCAUAAUUACCAUGAGUCUAUGUUCUCCAUGUUCAAGAGGAUCAACGCCAAGGAGCAUGUUGUUGGCUGGUACAGCACUGGUCCAAAACUAAAGGAGAACGACUUGGAUGUUCAUGCAUUGUUUACCAACUAUGUUCCUAAUCCUGUCCUGGUGAUUAUUGAUGUUCAACCCAAGGAGUUGGGAAUACCCACCAAAGCAUAUUAUGCUGUAGAAGAGGUUAAAGAGAAUGCUACUCAGAAAAGUCAGAAGGUGUUCGUCCACGUGCCAUCAGAAAUUGCAGCCCAUGAAGUCGAGGAAAUUGGAGUUGAGCACCUUCUGAGGGAUGUGAAAGACACAACAAUAAGCACACUUGCAACAGAGGUCAGCAGCAAGCUUGCAGCCCUGAAAGGACUCGAUGCGAGGCUUACGGAGAUCCGGGGUUAUCUAGAUCUUGUAAAACGACGGCCAUGUAAUAUAUUUGUUCUGUUUUUUUUUCAGGAUGUGUUUAAUCUGCUCCCCAAUCUCAACGUAAAUGAGCUCAUUAAAGCGUUUGCAGUGAAAACAAAUGAUAUGAUGCUGGUCAUUUACCUGUCUUCUCUUAUCCGGAGUGUCAUUGCUCUCCACAAUUUGAUCAACAACAAGAUGCUAAACAAGGAACACGAGAAGGCCGAGGAUUUGAAGCCAGCCGCCGUACCUACUGCAGCCGGGAGCUGAAUGUCCUUGUUUGCCUCAACAUGGGGAUAGCGAUCUAUGACCCAGCAUGGGGCAAAAGAAACUGUGACAUGUUAGCAUUGUCUCAUUUGUACCAAGUCUCUUGACCUUCAAUUUACACUUUGAUGUUUACUUCAUGUACGACGAGGUCAACGACAAAACCUUACAUUCUGUGAGCUCUAGGUCUUUUUGAGGUUUAUAAUCUAGAUCUUAUACUGUUUCAUCUGCCGUGUCAUGGUUUGUGAUGCGGAUUAUCUUAGUAAAUGUAUGCUUCGUUAGAAACA